AUGCCCCCUCGCAAGAAACCGGCCUCCAAUGCUGACGGAGACGCGCCCGCUCCUCGCCGGAGCACGCGUACUAGAGCAGCUUCCGCUGAACCGGCUAAACCCGCGCCCCCCGCCACGAAGCCAGCCAGCAAGGCCAAACCCGCGUCCAAGGUCAAGCCCGCGUCUAAGGAUAAACCUGCAUCCAAAGCCAAACCCGCUUCCAAGUCUAAGGCUGCUCCUAAGGCUGGGACGAAGCGCGCUCGCGCUGAUCUCAGUGACCUCUCCGAAGAAGAGGAAGAGGAAGAACCUGCGAAGAAGAUGGUCAAGGUAAUUAAACGUGGCGCCGCUCCCGUGGACCCGACGUCGGGCCUCGUCAAUGACCACCAAGUACUCGAAAUGAGCGGCGAAGUGUGGGAUGCCAUGUUGAACCAGACAGACAUUGGAAAGAACGCGAACAAAUUCUACGUCAUACAACUGCUGCACCCGACUGGUAACAACAACUCAUGCUAUUUGUUCACUCGCUGGGGUCGUGUCGGCGAGAACGGACAGAACGCGAAGAAGGGGCCCUUCCCCUCCGCGCAAGCCAUCAACGAAUUCAAGAAGGCGUUCAAAAGCAAGGCCGCGACAAACUGGGAGGACCGUCGUGGUAUGGUUGCUAAGAAGGGCAAAUAUACUUGGCUUGAACGGUCCUUUGAUGAGGACGAAGAAAAGGAUGCGGCCGAGGAUAAGGGUGAGGCCACUGGCUCUGGAAAGCCCAAGUCGGUGGUCAUCCCGGAAUCGACUCUCGAGCCGGAGAUACAGGCUGUCACUCGACUGAUCUUCAACCAGAACUUCGUCAACGCUGCUCUGUCGGAGAUGAACUACGAUGCCAACAAGCUUCCUCUCGGCAAGAUGUCGAAGUCUACCAUCCUCAACGGUUUCUCUGCUUUGAAGCUGUUGUCCGAAGUCAUUAAUGACCCCAGCGGCGCCGUCGCGCAACAGCAUGGCGGCUUCGCUACUGCCUGCACUGAACUUACAAAUAACUACUACUCUGUUAUUCCUCACGUUUUCGGGAGAAACGUGCCACCCGUCAUCAACGACCAAAACCGUCUCAAAAGGGAAUUGGACUUAGUUGACGCGCUCGGCGACAUGCAAAUCGCCCAGACGAUUCUCAACGAUACAACGAUUCCCAAGGGCGAAGACGGCAACCCCAUCAACCCGCUUGACAGCCAGUUCCGCUCGCUGCAGCUCUCCAGCAUGUCGGUCGUCGACCAGAUGAGCGACGAGAUGGCGACACUCAAAGCAUACGUUACCGAUUCCCAUGGCGCUACUCAUGGCACAAGGAUCAACAUCGAGCAUGCAUUCCGUGUGACAAGGGACGCGGAGACCGUCGCGUUCAACAAUGCCGGACACAACAACCUCGAAGACGGCCAGCGUCUACUCUUAUGGCAUGGAUCUAGAGUCACAAACUUUGCCGGUAUUCUUCGUCAAGGUCUCCGCAUCGCUCCCCCGGAAGCUCCUGUUAAUGGUUAUAUGUAUUCAAAAGGAAUUUACUUGGCAGACAUGGUCUCAAAGUCGGCUGGAUACUGUAACACUCACCUGAGCAACCGAUACGGGUUGAUCCUCCUUUGCGAGGCGGCGGUGAAACCCACAUUUGAACAGAUCCAUGCGAAUUAUCAUGCGGAUGAAGACUGCAAGAAAGCUGGCAAGAUGUCUACCCACGGUGUGGGGCGCUGGCAGCCAGAGGAGUGGCAAGAUGCAGGUGUGGCACUCGGUAACGACUCGCUUCUAGGCGUACAUAUGCCAAAAGGCCCGGCGAAGGAGCGCUCAGAUAAGCAGUACAGUUUAUACUACAACGAGUACAUCGUCUACAACAUCAACCAGGUCAAGCUUCGCUACAUGUUACUCUUCAAGACAUAA